AUGUCUCUCCCUCCUGUCUACAUCGUCUCUUCUGCCCGUACCCCAGUGGGGUCCUUCCUUGGCUCUUUGUCUUCGUUGUCUGCCACCCAGCUCGGUUCUCAUGCUAUCAAAGGAGCUCUCGAGAGGGCAGAAGGUGUGAAAGCCGAUGAUGUCGAGGAAGUCUUCUUCGGAAAUGUGCUCUCUGCCAAUGUUGGACAGAACCCCGCCAGACAGGCCGCCCUCGGUGCCGGUCUUCUCGAUUCCACAGUAUGCACAACCGUGAACAAAGUUUGCGCCUCCGGUUUGAAGGCUGUCAUGCUCGGAGUCCAGCACAUUCAGACUGGCGGUGCCGAUAUCGUCGUUGCCGGUGGCAUGGAGUCCAUGUCUAACACACCUCACUACCUUCCCAGUCUACGCAACGGUGCCAAAUACGGCCACCAGAACUUGGUCGAUGGAAUCAUGAAGGACGGUCUUACCGAUGCAUACAAGCAGGAACUCAUGGGUCUUUCUGCCGAGGAGUGUGCCCAGGACUACGGCUUCAACCGUGAGCAACAGGACGAAUAUGCUAUCCGUUCUUACCAGAAGGCUCAGGCUGCUCAGAAGAGUGGUGAGCUCAAUGCUGAGAUUGUUCCUAUUGAGUUGCCCGGCUUUAGGGGCAAGCCUGGUGUCACUGUUUCUCAGGACGAGGAACCCAAGAACCUCAACCCUGAUAAGCUCCGCGCUAUCAAGCCUGCUUUCAUUCCCGGAUCCGGUACCGUCACUGCUCCCAACUCCUCCCCCCUCAACGAUGGUGCCGCCGCCGUCGUCCUCGUCUCCGAAGCCAAGUUGAAAGAACUCAACCUCAAGCCCAUUGCCAAGAUCCUCGGCUUUGCCGACGCCGCCCAACAACCCAGCAAAUUCACCACAUCCCCCGCUCUUGCCAUCCCCAAGGCGCUCAAGAAGGCCGGUGUUACUCUAGACCAGAUUGACGCUUUCGAGAUCAACGAAGCUUUCAGUGUUGUCGCCCUCGCCAACAUGAAAUUGCUCAACUUGCCAGAGGACAAGGUUAAUAUCCACGGAGGUGCUGUUGCUAUUGGCCACCCUCUUGGUGCCAGUGGUGCCCGUAUCCUUGUCACACUUUUGGGUGUCCUCAAGGCCAAGGGUGGUAAGCUUGGAUGUGCUGGCAUCUGCAACGGUGGUGGCGGUGCCGGUGCUCUUGUUUUGGAGUCUCUCUUAUAA